GGAUGUAAAACUACAGGGCAACAAACUGAUCCACACAUCCACACUCUUCUUUUUGCUUCUCUGGUUCCUUCUCUCCUCCUCUUCAAAUCUUAAAGGAAGAGAAAAAUCUGCUGUUGGGAUAUCUUUUAACAGUUAAAUCCCUGAUCUGUCACUUUGAGCUACAAUGAACCAUCGAGCUGCACAGAGUACCUCAUUCAGCCCCACUAAGAUCCCAAAUGCAGCAACUACACCAGCCCAAAACCAAACUGGAAUCCACAGUGCCAACAAGUUCAUGAAUGAACUACGGAGCAUCCAGAAACCAUCCUGGGCUGCAGCCGCCUUUUGCAUCGUCAGUUUGUGCAUGGUGCUGUCGUUUGUUCUUUGCAUCUGGAAAAAGUGCUUGAUAAAAAAGGACAAGGAAAAAGACAAGAAAAGGGGAAAAGAGCAAAGCAAGGGAGGUUUUGACACUGAAAUGGAUGGGGGUUACAAUGAGCCCAUAAAAGAUGAAACAGACAAAGAAACAGAGCUUCCAAAACAUGACCCCAGGGAGGACGUGAAGCUCGGCCAACUUCACUUCACAUUAGACUACAACUUCACGGAAAACACGCUGGUGGUCGGCAUUCUGCAGGCUUCAGAGCUUCCUGCAAUGGAUGUGGGAGGUAGUUCUGACCCUUAUGUUAAACUCUACCUGCUCCCAGACAAGAAGAAAAAGUUUGAAACCAAAGUCCACAGGAAGACGCUGGAACCAAACUUCAAUGAGACCUUUUUAUUUAAGGUACCAUACACAGACCUGGGCGGAAAGACACUUAUGAUGACUGUUUACGACUUUGACCGGUUCUCAAAGCAUGACGCAAUCGGGACCAUUAAGAUACCAAUGAGCAGUGUGGACUUCAGCCAGUCUCUGCAAGAGUGGCGAGAUCUGCAGAAGGCUGAGAAGGAGGAGAGUGAGCGGCUUGGAGACAUAUGUUUGUCCUUGAGGUUUGUACCGACCGCAGGGAAGCUGACGGUGGUUGUCCUGGAGGCCAAGAACCUGAAAAAAAUGGAUGUGGGUGGAUUAUCAGACCCAUACGUAAAGAUCCACUUAAUACAGAAUGGAAAAAGACUGAAGAAAAAGAAAACUACUAUCAAGAAAAACACUUUGAACCCUUACUACAAUGAGUCAUUCAGCUUUGAAGUGCCAACCGAACAAAUAGAGAAGGUGCAAGUAGCCGUGACUGUGCUGGACUAUGAUAAGAUUGGGAAGAACGAUGCCAUUGGGAAGUUGCUGCUGGGUGGCAACAGCACUGGGACAGAGCUACGCCACUGGUCAGACAUGCUAGCCAACCCACGACGUCCAAUAGCCCAGUGGCACAGCCUCAAAACACAGGAUGAAGUCAAGUUAUUAAUUUCCAAGAAGAAAUAAACCAGCUUGCAAGAAAAUCAAAGAUUUACCUAAGGUGUAUUUACCAGCUUUCCUUUUUACUAUUUUCCCUAUACAAAUGUUUAGCUAUAUUAACCAUGUAAAUAUUUUUGAUUAACAAUUUAUGUUAAAAUAUUAGUAAAUAUAAGCUUUCCACCAAGUUACAUCUUUAUGCUUCAUCUUAAACAUUAUUUUAAAACGACACGACUCUGUAAAGUGCAAUAAAACCCAAAGGAUUAUGUAA